AUGGUGCUGAAACUCCUUUUGCCGUUUCCCCCCCGGAGCUCCGCGUUGUUUGGGAUCUUCGCGCCGGUCAUGUUUGCCGCGGUCCGCUGCAGCUUGGUGUUGGUCUCCCUUUUCUACUUCAAAGGAUGCGCCCAGAAUUUUGGACAGACCCGGUUUAUCUGCACCUCGGUGCCGGUGGAUAUGGACAUGUGUACCUCUUCCAUUCAGAGCGGCGGUAGCACCGAGGAUAUGAAGACCACCGUGCUCCAGCUCCGGGAAACGGUGCUCCAGCAGAAAGAGACCAUUAUGAAUCAGAAAGAAACCAUUAGGGAACUGACCACGAAACUGGGCAGGUGUGAGAGCCAAAGCACUGUAGAAGCAGGCCCUGGUGACUCUAAAACGGGUGGGGGCUCCAACAGAAAGCAGACCGGCUCUUCCAAAAACACCAUGGGAGAUCUCUCCCGGACUCCAGCUGCUGAAACACUGAGCCAACUUGGGCAAACUUUGCAGUCGCUCAAAAUCAGGCUAGAAAACUUGGAGCAAUUUAGUAGGAUGAAUUCUUCGAGUCAAACCAAUUCCCUGAAGGAUAUACUUCAGAACAACAUUGAUGAUUUAGAAAAGCAAGUGCUCUCUCGAAUUAACAGCCUGGAAGAAGGAAAGUACAACUCCAAGAAUGAGUCUGAAGAAAGAGGGAAAAUAGAAAGCACCUUAACUUCCCUUCACCAAAGGAUCACUGACUUAGAGAAAGGUCAGAAAGAUAAUAGGCCAACAGAUAAAUUUCAGCUGACCUUUCCUUUGAGAACCAAUUACAUGUACGCAAAAGUGAAGAAAAGCUUGCCAGAGAUGUAUGCAUUUACAAUUUGUAUGUGGAUAAAAUCAAAUGCAUCUCCAGGUGUAGGCACACCCUUCUCUUAUGCAGUACCUGGACAAGCUAAUGAGUUGGUACUUAUUGAAUGGGGUAAUAAUCCUAUGGAGAUCCUUAUCAACGACAAGGUAGCAAAGCUUCCUUUUGUCAUUAAUGAUGGGAAAUGGCACCAUAUCUGCAUUGCAUGGACAACCCGGGAUGGUGUCUGGGAAGCUUAUCAAGAUGGCACCCAGCGAGGCAAUGGGGAAAACCUGGCCCCUUAUCACCCGAUCAAACCCCAAGGGGUCCUAGUGUUGGGGCAGGAACAGGAUACACUUGGUGGCGGAUUUGAUGCCACCCAGGCCUUUGUGGGAGAACUGGCCCACUUCAACAUCUGGGACCGAAAGCUCACCCCGGGGGAGGUCUACAACUUGGCUACUUGCAGCACCAAAGCCCUACCUGGUAGUGUCAUAGCCUGGUCUGAGACUAACAUUGAUAUUUACGGUGGAGCCACCAAAUGGACUUUUGAAGCCUGCCGUCAGAUCAACUAAAUCUGCCGUUCUUUUCCCCUGUCAC